GCAGAGCCAGCAAUGAAUAAUUCCAUGGCCUGUGCGCCCGAAGCCACCGUGUGCAACGGUACAUCCUGCGUGCUACCUGACAGCAACUUCAAUGCCAUUCUCAGCACGGUCCUGAGCACCGUGCUCACCAUCCUGCUGGCCCUGGUCAUGUUCUCCAUGGGAUGCAACGUGGACAUCUGGAGGUUCCUCUGGCACAUAAAGCGGCCGUGGGGCAUCUGUGUGGGCUUCCUCUGUCAGUUCGGAAUCAUGCCCCUCACGGGAUUCAUCCUGUCAGUGGCCUUUGGCAUCCUCCCAGUCCAAGCCGUGGUGGUGCUCAUCAUGGGAUGCUGUCCCGGAGGAACGUCCUCCAACAUCUUGGCCUAUUGGGUCGAUGGUGACAUGGACUUGAGCGUCAGCAUGACCACCUGCUCCACGCUGCUGGCCUUGGGCAUGAUGCCGCUGUGUCUCUUCAUCUACACCAAGAUGUGGGCCGACGCAGGGACCAUCGUGAUUCCCUACACCAACAUCGGGAUAUCUUUGGUGACUCUUGUGGUUCCUGUUUCCAUUGGGAUAUUUGUUAACCACAAAUGGCCCGAGAAAGCCAAGAUCAUACUUAAGGUGGGCUCCGUCGUGGGCGCCAUCCUGAUCGUGCUCAUCGCGGUGGUCGGCGGGGUCCUGUACCAGAGCGCCUGGAUCAUCGAGCCCAAGCUCUGGAUCAUAGGAACCCUCUUCCCCAUGGCUGGCUACUCCCUGGGGUUCUUUCUGGCUAGAAUAGCUGGCCAGCCCUGGCACAGGUGCAGGACGGUGGCGCUGGAGACAGGCAUGCAGAACACCCAGCUGUGCUCCACCAUCGUGCAGCUGUCCUUCACGCCCGAGGAGCUCAACCUUGUGUUCACCUUCCCGCUCAUCUACAGCAUCUUCCAGCUGGCCUUCGCCGGGAUAUUCCUGGGAAUGUAUGCGGCAUACAGGAAAUGUUAUCCGAGAAACAGAGUGGAGCUUCCAGAGAGCGAAGACGGUAAAGAGGCAGUGACCGAUUCAUCACGCUAUCAGGUGAAUGAAGGAUUUCAAGCCGAUGAGAGUGGACACUCAAUGGACAAAGAAGAAUCCUAA